AUGUCUGUUUCGGAUCCGUCGCCAGAGUCAUUUAGUGAACAAAGCAAUGGAAAUGAAGAUAUCGAGGAGGGAUUAAAUACUGAAUUUUCAACACCUUUACAAGUUGGACAACCUGAAACUUCACCAAAUAUAUCACCUAAGGCUACAGUGCGUCCUUAUCCAUCAAAAAGAUAUGCACCACAUCUUGAAAAAUGUAUGGGUCUGGCUGGUAGAAGUUCAAGUCGGGUUGCCAAUCUAAGGUUAAGCAGCGAAGGGAAUCCUUCGUCACCGUACACUCCCGUUUACUCUGAAGACAACGCAAAUCAAAGUGAUUCUGAUGAUGAUUUAUAUGUCGAAAAAAAAC